AUGAAAGUGCAUCAUGACAACGGGCCAGUCCAGCCCGCACCUCCUGAGCGCGAAACAAACAUUCACAUCUGCGAAUCGACUGCCUACAGACGACUAAUGAAGCACAGCCUUUGCGACCGCGGAAUCGUGCCUCAGUUCUAUGGGACAAUGGAACGGAUGGACUUAUCACACUAUCAACCUCACCUGAAGAUGUUUCUUAAUGACAAGAAUCCUCCUAGCGCCAUCCUCUUGGAGUACAUUCCAAAAAUGGAGAUGAUCUAUCCGCACAAUUUUACAAAGGAGCGGGGAGAGGCUUUGAUCUGUGGUAUCCGAGAGAUUCACAGAGCGUUGGUUCUGCAUUGCGACGCCAAACCGAGGAACAUGAUGAUUGUCAGGAAUGACCCGGAAAGAGUGGUCUGGUUAGACUUUGACAGAGCUCAGACAUAUCACGCAGAUAGCCUUACCGAGAGACAACGAGGAUUUAUUGAGGAUGAAGAGCUAAUGUUGUCUCAACUCGCAGAUUCUCUCCAACUCACAUACCACGUCGAGUUGAUGAAUGCCCUACCUCACCAAUACUUUCAGCCUGAACCUCGACAUCCAACCAUACGAGACUGGAUUGAUGCGGCCUGCUUUGGUUCAGGCUGGCUCAAGUAA